UGUAGUAAUUGAUAUGGCUGACCGGCCUCUGCCGGAUAUAUCUUUCUCGUAGUUACCAACCCAAUCCUUUAACUUUAGCAUAUGGCAAUUACUAAUUGUGCCUUGAGCCGUAAGACCAAUAAUGUUUCAAUAAGCAAUUCAACAUUCUUUCUGUGAAAUAUAUAUAAUGUACUUUGACUGCUUAAGUAGAAACAAAAAAUACCCUUUAUAAAAAGGACUUGUUUAGCAGCAUAUAUGAUGUAGAACUUGUAAAUUCUCUCUCGUCCAUAUAUAUAAAAGUGUAGAAGUGGAGAUGGCCGACAAGGGAAGUAAUAGGAGCCGUGGAAGCUACAGAACGGCGGGGGUGCCAGUGCCGUCGCUUCUGACCUUGUUUGCACAUUUGUUGUUCAUAGCAAUCACAACCCUACUCUUGGUCUGGCUGCUUCACUUCAGAGAUGGACUUUCUUUCACUUCAACCAACAACCUCAAACUUUUCAAUCUUCAUCCAUUCUUUAUGAUCAUUGGAUUUGUCCUAAUUUCCGGAGAAGCUAUAAUGGCAUUUACCACAAUCCCAGCAACAAGGAGGACAAGGAAAUACUUCCACAUGUUUCUGCAUCUCAUUGGUCUUGGUUCUAGCAUUGUUGGUCUCUUUGCAAUUUUCAAGUUUCAACAUGAUACUGGAAAAUCUAACCUCCUUACCUUGCAUUCCUGGAUUGGCAUUUCCACCGUUAGCUUAUACGCCUUGCUGUAUAUUGUUUCUUUCUUGGUAUUCUUCUUCCCUGGGGCGCAAAACUGGAGAAGGGCAAGAUUAGUUCCAUGGCAUGUUCUAUACGGAAUUGCCGUCUUCUUCAUGGGAAUAGUAAGUGCAGAAACUGGCUUAAUUCAGAAAUUCAUAGCCUUAGGACUUCAAAAGGGACAAGAAGCACUCAUUGUUAAUUUCACUGGCUUAUUACUUCUUCUCUUUGGAAUCUCCGUUGGCCUAGUUGUUCUUCUUCCUGUUUCAUAUUAUUAGUCAAAUAUUCUUCCUUUUUUUGUGUUGUAAUAAGCUAGUUAUCAA